ACCGAGCCUCUCCCGCCGCUGGGGGGCGGUAACGCUCCGGUCUCCGUGGUUCCCCCAGAAGAAGAAGCGGCGUCACCGGCAGCAGCGGACCGGGGAGAUGGCGGAGGUUCGGGUAAAGAAAGAGACGAACCUGGCGGAACCUGCAGAGGUGGAGACCAGGAUCAGAGAGCUGUGUCAGCAGUUCCCUCAGGGAAUCACAGACCAGGUGAUCCAGAACGACAUGCCUCACCUGGAGCCGCAGCAGAGGGCCCUGGCCAUCAACAAGCUGCUGUCCCUGGGCCAGCUGGACUUGCUCAGGAACAGUUCUGGUCUUCUGUACAGAUUAAAAGAUUCUCAGACAGCCAGUAAGAUGAAGGGCUCGGACAACCAGGAGAAGCUGGUUUACCAGAUCAUCGAGGAUGCCGGAAACAAAGGAAUCUGGAGCAGAGACAUCCGCUUCAAGAGCAACCUCCCUCUGACCGAGAUCAACAAGAUCCUGAAGAACCUGGAGAGCAAGAAGCUCAUCAAAGCCGUCAAAUCUGUGGCCGCGUCCAAGAAGAAGGUCUACAUGCUGUACAACGUGCAGCCGGACCGCUCCGUCACCGGAGGGGCCUGGUACAGCGACCAGGACUUUGAGUCCGAGUUCGUGGAGGUUCUGAACCAGCAGUGCUUCAAGUUCCUGCAGAGCAAGGCGGAGGCGGCGCGGGGCGGCCAGCAGAGCCCCAUGGUUCAGAGGAACAGCUCCUUCGCCACGUCUCACGAAGUCUGGAAGUACAUCAGCGAGUUGGGCAUCAGCAAGGUGGACCUGUCCAUGGACGACAUCGAGACCAUCCUGAACACGCUGAUCUACGACGGGAAGGUGGAGAUGACCGUGAUCGCCGCCAAGGAGGGGACGGUGGGCAGCGUGGACGGACAGAUGAAGCUGUACCGCGGCGUGAACGCCGUGCUGCCGCCGGCGGGCCUGGUGAAGACGCCCUGCGGCCUGUGCCCGGUGUUUGACGACUGUCACGAAGGGGGGGAGAUCUCGCCAUCCACCUGCAUCUACAUGACAGAGUGGCUGGAGUUCUGACUCCGCCCAUGGAACCCCGCCCCUUUCCUCCAUGGAGCCACGCCCCUUUCCUCCAUGGAACCCCGCCCCUUUCCUUUGGUUACGUCUGAUUUAAGUUAAUAAAGUUUUACUGUUGUGUGAAAAGCGA